AGUGUUGUGGGGAUAGAAGAAAAAAUAAUUUCACCUUGAAUCUGAUCCAACAUCUUGUGCCCACACACAAUUGUUUUAAGAUCUCUGAAAUCUCUAUACAUAUUUCUUUCUUUCUCUAAUGUAGAAUUCACUUUCACUUAAAAAUAGGCUUUAAGCAAUCACCUUUUCACAUGUCAUCAUAACGUGACGGUAAUCUCGCAUUUCCCAUGUGACGUGCCCAUCCCCACCCCCCUUCUUGACCCCACCACCCACCCCCUCUAACCCCCCACACUCUACCCUUUGAAGGGCUUAAGCAUUGAGUACGGACUGAACCCACCACUCUUAAUUGUAAUGGAAGACCAUGUCUUGAUAUUCUAAUCUUGAAGUCAGAAAUUAAAGACCCUUUUUCUUGAUUCGUCUUUUUGUUGCGUAGAAAAAGAAAAUAAAAUCCAUUUAGAAUUUUUUUGGGGGGAAAGAUCUAGGAAUUUUUCGGAGUUUGAACAAUUCUUGGUUGAUUGUUUCUACCGACAAUGAAGGCAGAAACAGCGGUUUUGAAUCCACCUCUCAUCUCUUUUGACAACAAGAGGGAUGCUUAUGGAUUUGCUGUACGGCCUCAGCAUGUACAAAGAUACCGUGAAUAUGCUAAUAUCUACAAGGAAGAAGAGGAAGAGAGGUCUGAGAGGUGGAACGAUUUUUUGGAGCGUCAAGCAGAGUCUGCUCAGUUACCCAUAAAUGGGAUAUCUGCAGACAAAAGUUCUACUAAUCCUGGUGCUGAACCAAUUAAUCAGGAGGUAAGCUGUGAUGCACAGAACGGGGAAGAAGGUCAACUUGAAAGUGCAACUGAGAAGGAUGUCACACUGAUCACCUCUGUGGAGAGGAAAAUUUGUCAGGCUCAGAUGUGGACGGAAAUUAGACCAUCUCUACAGGCAGUUGAGGAUAUGAUGAGCACUCGUGUCAAAAAGAAAGUAAACUUAGCCAAACAGGAGCAAGAUUCUGGUCUGAGGAAGCACCUUCCUGCAAUUGAAGAGUCUAGACCCACAAAAGGAGUAUUUGAAGAGGACUCGGAAGAUGAGUUUUAUGAUAUAGAAAGAUCAGAAUCUUUGGACAAAUCUGAGUUAGAUUCGAUGCAAGACAUUCCGUUAAAUGAUACUGCUAGCCAUUUGGCUAAUACUAGUCAAGAGUCUUUGCCUCCUUGGAAAGAAGAAUUGGAGUGUCUUGUUCAGGGUGGAGUACCCAUGGCUCUUAGGGGAGAGCUUUGGCAAGCCUUUGUGGGUGUGAGGGCACGCAAAGUGGGGACCUAUUAUCAAGAUUUGCUUGCAUUAGGCACUAGAUCUAGUAAUAAUACGGAGCUUAAAAGUGUGGAAUCAGAGGACCGUGGAAGUUCUGUGGACACGAGCAUAGACUGUGUAUCUAUACCUGAGAAAUGGAGAGGGCAGAUCGAGAAGGAUCUACCACGAACAUUUCCUGGACAUCCUGCUCUAGACGAGGAUGGAAGAAAUGCUUUAAGGCGUUUACUUACAGCGUAUGCUCGACACAAUCCCUCGGUUGGCUAUUGUCAGGCCAUGAAUUUCUUUGCUGGUCUGUUAUUGCUUUUAAUGCCAGAGGAAAAUGCAUUUUGGACUUUGAUGGGGAUCUUAGAUGAUUACUUUGAUGGAUACUACGCAGAAGAGAUGAUAGAGUCUCAGGUUGACCAACUUGUUCUUGAGGAGUUGGUGCGAGAGAGAUUUCCAAAGUUGGUUAAUCAUCUGGAUUACCUGGGAGUGCAGGUAGCAUGGGUAACAGGACCAUGGUUCCUCUCCAUAUUUAUGAACAUGCUUCCAUGGGAAAGUGUCCUUAGGGUAUGGGAUGUGCUUCUGUUUGAAGGAAAUCGAGUGAUGUUAUUUCGUACAGCUCUUGCUUUGAUGGAAUUAUAUGGACCUGCAUUAGUUACCACAAAAGAUGCUGGGGAUGCAGUCACCCUGCUGCAGUCGCUUGCUGGCUCGACAUUCGAUAGCAGUCAACUUGUUCUGACUGCGUGCAUGGGCUAUCAAAAUGUCAAUGAAGCUAGAUUAGAAGUACUAAGAAAUAAGCAUCGGCCAGCCGUGAAGGCUGCAUUGGAAGAGAGGACUAAAGGGCUCCGAGUUUUGAGGGAUUCUCAGGGUCUAGUAUCUAAAUUAUACAGUUUUAAGCAUGAUUCUGGAUCUGCAAUUUUAGGAGUCACUAAAACAGAUCAAAAGGCUGAUGCAGAGACAAAUAGUGAUGCAUCUCAGACGGAUAUUGCAUCUGCUAAUAUGGAUGAACUUUAUAUGAGCUUGAAUGGGAAUGUGGAAAUAGAUUCUGUUCCAGAUCUUCAAGAACAGGUGGUUUGGCUGAAGGUUGAGAUGUGCAAGUUGUUGGAGGAGAAACGAUCUGCUGAACUAAGAGCAGAGGAGUUGGAAACAGCACUGAUGGAGAUGGUCAAGCAGGAUAACAGGCGGCAGUUGAGCGCAAGGGUUGAGCAAUUAGAACAAGAGGUUGUUGAGCUCCGACAGGCACUUGCUGAUAAGCAAGAGCAAGAAAGUGCCAUGCUUCAGGUUCUCAUGAGGGUGGAGCAAGAACAGAGGGUAACGGAAGAUGCUCGUAGAUUCGCUGAACAAGAGGCAGCGGCUCAAAGAUUUGCCUCUCAAAUGCUACAGGAGAAGUAUGAAGAAGCCACGGGAUCCCUCGCUGAGAUGGAAAAGAGACUUGUUAUGGCUGAAUCAAUGCUGGAGGCUACCUUGCAAUACCAGUCCGGACAAAAUAAAGUAUUACCUUCUCCAAGAUCCACACAGCUUUCAUCUCCAGUACGGGGCAACCAAGAUUCAUCACCGGAGAUACCUGCUAGAAAGAUCAGCUUGCUGUCGGUACCAUUUGGACUUGGAUGGCGUGACAAGAACAAGGGUAAGCCAGCCGAGGAGGUUAUUGACAACAAGCCAGUGAAUGAGGAACCGAGUCCAAACACUCAGCAGAAGGAAAUGAACAGCCAUCAGAUGGAGCAGAAACUGCAAGAGGUCUAAGAAGGGCUGCUGCUGGAACAAAUUUCAUAUGUGGCCUGGAAUUCAAAAGGCUAGAUAUGAGAUGCCCUUUAUAUUGGUCACAAAAGAAUUGAAGCGACACUUUUUGUAUAUUUUUUUUCCAUUAAAUCCCCUUAAGAGCAUAUAUAGUCAGUUUAUUUGUUCAUCAAGUGACAAUAAUAGUGAGUUACAAGAUGAUAGUGUAGAAAAGGAAAAGAAAAAAAAAAUUCUUUUACUAUCUUGUUAGUAAAGUGGCAGUUUCCAAUGUAUUCUCGUCCAAAAUGUAUAAUUGUUGAUUUUGCAUACUUAUCCUUGUUAUAAUUGAGUUUAUCAUAGUGUUA